UUCUCGUAAUUAGAAACUGCGCCUCUAACGGUCAAAUCCGCGUUCCGUAAAUACGCCACGUGGACUGUGACGAAACCCGUCUGUACCUUUUGAGGUGAGCUUAGCAUUAUCCUUCCCCUUCCCACAAGUAAGGCCGUUGAAGACUCACAAGGAGUGGCCAGUGGAGCGUAUUUUCCGUGCCGACGAAGACGAGAGAGAAGAGAAGAGAAGAGUAGAGAGUUUUUGUGGUAAUUUCUUUGUAGGUGGAGAGGAAAUGGCGGAGAUUCAGCGGAAGGAGGAUGUUCUGUCUGUGGAGCUUCCUGCGCCUGCGUCUUGGAAGAAAUUGUAUAUGCCGAAAAAGGAAGGUACGCCCAAGAAGGAUGAGAUAUUAUUUGUUGCUCCGACUGGAGAGGAGAUUUUCAGCCGCAAACAGUUGGAGGAGUAUCUAAAGGCUCAUGAGGGUAGUCCUGCGCUAUCUGAAUUCGAUUGGGGCACAGGUGAAACUCCAAGAAGAUCAGCUAGGAUCAGCCAGAGGGCAAAGGCAACACCUCCAUCGAAAGAGACUAGCACGCCGAAUAAGCGCAAAAGAUCAUCAUCUACAAGGAGAGGCAAACAAAUGGAUCCCGGAAAAGAAGAGCCCCAUGAUCUAAAAGAAACUGAAAUGCAAGAUGCUGGAAUUAAUGAGAAUAGUAAUAAGAAAGAGGAUACAGAGCACAAGGCUGAGCAGAUGUUGCAGAAAGAAGCACCAUUGGAAGAAACUAGAGGUGAUGACAAAUUUGAAGGGAAGAGCCAACAGGAGACUGCUAUAGAUGAUGUUGCUAUGGAAUAUGGGGAAACAGAAAUUAAGAUUUUUGACACUGAAAACAAGGAUGUCGAACAGGAAGUUACAGAUGAUUGCAAUGGAGUAGGCACUGAUGGAGCAGAUUCAAAGGGAGUGAAUAAAGUUGCACCACAACAGGUCGAUGAAAUCAGCCAAGUCCAGGAUGAGAGCAACAAAAAAUCUAAAAUGACCGAACAAGAUCAAGAUCAAGAUAAAGACAAGAAUUUAAACGUGGAUGCUCUUAAAAACCGCAAAGAUAACCAAGCACCGCACAAUCCUUCUCCAACGCCUGUUAGCUGUUAAAAGACCAAAUUCGCAUUACGUUAAUGCCAUAGGACUUUAACUUCUGCCACUUCUGCCUUGCAGUUUGUACCUUGUGUAUCGACAUUCCCAUGUGCUUAGAUGACUGUAAUCUUAUCGGUAACUAGGAUUUGUUUAGGAUGUUGAUCCACGGAUCAUUUCUCACAUUUAUAGCUUUAUGUAUAAUGUGACUGUACGCCGAUAUUUCUGUGUAAUGUAUAUCAGGAAAUGUUCGACA